GCGAAACUAUAUACCCUAUUGGUACAAAGAAUUCAUGGCGGUGACCUUUUACAUAAUGGACAAGAAUGGUGAUGAACUUAUAGAUGCCAGCGAUUUUGCCUCAUAUUACAAUGAAACACACAAACUUCCCUUGGACAUAGUAGAGGCCGCAUUCAAGAAGAUUUCGGCCGCAUUCAAGAAGACUUCGGAUGGGAAACCAGGAAUUGAUCUAGAACAGUUCAAAGAUAUGAUGAUUGGGUUCACAGUUUCUAAAGAUAUGGAAAACCCAGGAAACAUCUUAGGAGAAAUGAUGGUCAACGGCCGUAAAGUGUAAAGGAUCUUCCUUAUAAGGGACACUGUAUUGUGUUUUGCAAAGUUAAGACUUUGUUUGAUAUCCAACCGGAUUCAUUACAAAAUCACUUCUUUGUAUUACAUUUUAUUGAUUGAAUACAAAAAAAACAUGGACGUGGCUGAUAUUGCUAUUGCUUAGCCACAGAAACCUGUCAAAUUAUUGUAUUUACUCAAAAAUAAUCAAUAAUCAAAAUAAAUCAAUAAAUAAC